UUCCAAAACCAUUUUCUAGAAAUAUUGGGGAGACAGGGAGACCACCAUCCUCUCACUCCUCUACCUCUCUCCGCGAUUCACCUCCCUUCCCUUCCCCUCCAAUUCAUUUUUCUCUCUCCUCUGUGUCGCCGCGUCGGAACGGCUGCUUUCUCGCCUCCACUUCUGUCUGGUCGCCGCUGAUGUGGUUCUUGUUGUUGUUGUUGUUGCGCUAUUGUUGAUGGUGUUGCUUCACUUUCUCUUUCUCGUUCUCGUUUCCAAUACCGUCGACGAUCGUUGUCUCUAAUUGCCGUAUUCGACAACCCACCACUCAAUUAGGUGUAUACCCCUAUUUUUGAUGGAUGGUUCGAUGCGACGUUUGAUGCUUGGUGCGGAAGACCGUAGCAGCGAAGGACGUGCAAUCAGCACGGGAGGCCGCGCGUGCUACAGAUUCGCGCAUGCAGCAGGGCAACGCAGUGCGCUGGGGUGGUGCCUGGCGCGGGGCUGAGCUAUAAAAGCUCCCCUUGCCGUGCCAUUUUGAGGCACACUCUCUUGAAUUCUUUGCUCUUUUCUCUCUCAAAGGUCUAUUAAGCUCUUCCCUUGGUCUUGCUCUUGCCUUGUCCAUGUAAGUUUUUCAUGUUUUGCUUAUGAAAUAACUCUAGGAUUGCAUGUAGUCUUGAUUUUUCGUACUCUGAAAUGAUGCUCGUAUCCUUAAGCUUCUUGAAUCUUGUAGAAAAUUGUUUGAUAGCCACUUGAACUUGAACUGUUGGAACUUGUAGAUUUGAAUUUUUUGAAUUGAACAAUUUUUUUUCUUUGAACUCGUAUCUGCUUCGGCAUGGAUAGCCUAAGCGUUGAUGUAGAACUUGUAUACCUGCUUCGGCGUGGAUAGCCUAGGCGUUGGUGUAGAACUUGAAUACCUGCUUCGGCGUGGGUAGCCUAGGCGUUGGUGUAGAACUUGAAUACCUGCUUCGGCGUGGGUAGCCUAGGCGUUGGUGUAGGAAUUUGUAUCUUGAACUAGAGGUCCACUGGGAAUUUUUAUUUCGAAUCUUUUGACUUCGUAUAGGCCAGUAUAGGAUAGCCCCCAGUUUAGAAUUUUGACACUUUGUAUGCUACUUGAUUUAGUAUGCCUCGUCACACUCGAAGGAAGCUCGCUAAAUCAUAUGUGGUUCGAGCCGCCGAGAAAGACGCUUCGGAUGAUGAAUCGACUGCAAUAAAUGCGCCAGGUGGGGAUAUGGUUCCCCGAGAUGCACCCGCUUUCCCUGGUACUGGUUGGAUCCCUUCCGACCUGGUGUUUCGGCCGGAUUGGCACUUGUCUCAGCGGCCUCGCGCUGGCAUGGUGAGUCUUGUACUGUGUUUUGGUUUUGUACUUUGUAAUUGUAUAGGUCUUGAGCUAACUCGUUCACCUGUAGGCCGAUGAAAAGCCGUGUCGUACUUACUGGUCCUUGGUGGAGGUUCAGAGGGCCUUUAAAGCUCUUCGUGCUGAUGAGGAGGCUAUGGAGAUUUGGUCGCAGACGGGCUUGGCCGAUUUCCAGCAUACCAUGGGAGGUUCUUCGAAGAGAACGGGGAUUAAAAACCGUUUGUGGGCUUUGUUAGAGCGGUGGUGGGAUACCACCAACACUUUCCACAUGGCAUGGGGGGAGAUCACUAUUACCCCUCUUGAAUUUGCUAUGAUUACAGGUCUUCCUUUUUCUGAGAGGAAUGUGACCUUUGACUCUGAGCUGACGUGGCGCUCGGUCGCUGCCAGGGACUUGCUCGACCCUGUUGUUGACUUGUCGGAUGACGAUGCUCACGCUUCUGUGAAGGUGAAUGUGGGGGCUAUCUGCGGUGGGGGUGUGUCCGCGGAGCAGAGGGUUAGGCUUUUCCUCCUAGCCUUGGUGAGUAGAGUGAUGGCCCCGAGUAGGAACAGUCAGGUGCACAUCAAAUUCUUGUCCGCUUUGCGGGACUUGGGAGAUGUUUCGAGCUAUAACUGGGUGGCUUGGCAUACAACCACCUUUUGUACGAGAUGAAGCGGGUCUCCUAGACUGCACUGGGGAGUGACCCGAGCAUGGCUGCUCUGUGGAGCGUGCUGGAGAUUUGGAUCUAUGAGCACUUUCCGACUUUGGCCCGGAGCGUACUAGAGAUGCGGCUUACCCGUAUGCUGCCUCUUGGAUAGGAGCGGUGUGCGUUGGUGCGUCUCUGGCGGCUUCUCGCAGGGCUUGGAGAGUUCUAUCCGCUGAAGAUGUGGUAUGGCGUCCUUUUGCCAACGCGGUUGUACCUGUCUCGGCUGCUCGUGCCCAUUUCCUGUCUGGGCGGCGGGUUUUUCUUCCAGGGGUGUACCGCCAUAUGUGGUAUCUGGGGGAGCGAGUGUCCCUUCAACACCAUUCGGGAGAAAGGCUUGUCCCCAAGGAUCCACCGGAGCCCAUGCUGGCUCUAGAUGAAGAUCUUGCCCGACUCUAUGCGGAGGCUAGGGGCGAGGCUGUUUGCCGCUCUUGGAGGGAGUUUGUACACAGGAAGGGUAAUUAUGAUGACUUCCUGAGGAGGUUGGCCCCACCAGUACGCUUCGUACUGCCGGAGGAGGAGGUUGAUCCUGAGGACAUUCCUCAUGCUGAUAGGAUCCUCCGCUAUGAGAACUCAGACGGAGAGGAGGUGGUGGAGACCAUUCCUUGGGCUUCUCCUCCGCACCGGAAAUCAUAUGAUGUUGUACCUGAGAAUUAUGCCCCUGCGCCUCGGGCGAGAGUGCGUCGCUGGAUGCUCUUGCUUGAUUCUUGGAAGAGGCAGUGUGCCAAGCUGACCCGGAAGCUUUCUGGCCGGAACAGAGAGGAGCGCCGUCGAGACCGUAGAGAUUCCGUUGACAGAGAGCCUCAGGCGGAGACGUCCUUGGGACAAGAGGGACCGAGUUUGGAGAUGAGACAGGGGUCCGGUGCUGGUGCUCAUCAGAGGCAUUCCGAUGCUGAGUGGGGAGCUUUCCCUUUUGUACCUGUUGAUCCCACCCGACAUUCAUUUGGAGGUGUUGGCAGUUCACGGCCCUUUGUUUCUUCCCCUGGUUACUACUUCGGAGGAAGUGGUCCUCAGCCUUGGGGUGCAUGUCCAUGGGCUUGCUAUGCGGAGAUAGAGAGGAUGCGUCAGACUCAGAUGUUUGGGUCGUACCCGUAUAUGCCGAUGCCGCCGCCUUAUCAGUAUUCCUCUUCUCAUCAGGGAGUUCAUCCCUCCACUGGCACACUUCGUAUCUCGGAGGAGGAUCCUAGUACCCCUGGGACGGAGCUGGAUCGGGAGCUGGAGCGCCUUAGGAGGCGUAACAGGGACAAGGCACCCGUGAUUGAUGUCACUGUUGGUGAUGAUUCAGACUGACCCUGCAUGGUAGCGAGUUCCAGCUUGCCUGGGUUGAUUUUGUAUAGGCUGGAUUGUAUUGUAUUUGUAUGGUUUGACACUUGAAUUUUGUAUAGUUGAAUUGCCUUUGAACUUGAAUUGGUUUGAAGGUUUUUUGAAGAUUGGCUUUUGUAUGUUUGAAUGCUUGAAAUUGUAUGCGUUGUGUGUGCCUUGAAAUUUUGUAGCUA